AUGCAUCUAAAAGUUCUGCUGCUAUUCGCUUGCCUUAGCCUGGCCAAGGGAGUAAAGCAGCUGCGCUAUGACAACUACAAGUUGUACAAAGUUCAAAUCGAGAAUGUGCAACAGUCUCAGCUGCUCAAUGAAAAUGAGAAAACUCUCAAGCUCAGCAGCUGGCGUGAGGCGCGUCAUCCGGGCGACUACUCGGACUUUAUGUUGCCGCCCCAAAGCCAGGACGCUUUUGAGGACCUGCUCAACCGGCACAACCUCAGCUACAGCAUCAAGAUUGACAACGUGCAGCGCCUGAUGAGACAACGCACCAGCCAAAUGGAGUGGACGGAGUACCACACGCUAGACGAGAUCUACGCCUGGCUGGAUGUGAUCGAGACGCAUUAUCCUCACAUUGUCACACCCUUCACGAUUGGCAACUCCUAUGAGGGUCGUCCAAUUCGAGGCAUCAAGAUCUCCUACAAACCCGGCAAUAGCGCCGUCUUCAUCGAGUCCAAUAUACAUGGCAACGAGUGGAUUACCUCGGCCACCAUCACGUAUUUCAUAGAUGAGCUGCUCGUGCCUGGUAAGCCAGUUGUUAGGGACAGUCGGAAUGUGAACUGGUACAUAAUACCCCUGUGGACUGUGGACGGUUUUACGUACUCCCAUGACGUGGAACGUCUGUGGCGCAUAUCGCGAUUUCCCUCGGAUCCUGCGGGCGAGUGCAUUGCCACAGAUUUAAAUCGAAAUUUCAACUAUCGCUGGAUGGUGGCUGGCGCUUCAGAUGAUCCUUGCUCUAACUAUUUUGCGGGUCCCUGUGCUGAGUCCGAUCCGGAGAUAAAUCAGCUGACCCGUUACAUAAACAACUCGAUACCGGAAGAUACCAUUAAAAUCUAUAUAUCCCUGCAUUCGUAUAGCCAACUUGUGCUUUCACCUUGGGGUCACAAUGCGGAGGAGUUUCCCGAACAUUAUGCGUACACCAAAGAGCUGCGGGAUAGAGGCAAAUACGGAUUUCUGCUGCCGCCGGAGUAUAUAAUACCCGUGGCACGUGAAGUGACCAAAGGAUUUGUGGGCAUGAUAACGGCUGUCCGGGGAAUAGAUGUCUUGUAA